AUGGCGAGCUCUGCGGCUUCUCUGUACCUAGAUCCCCAGAUCCGCGACUGGGUCCUAUUUCCCAUUACACUGGUCAUGAUUCUAGUGGGAGUGCUAAGACACUACGUUGUUCUCCUCCUCCAGUCGCCACCGAAAAAGCUAUCACGAGCUGCAAUACGCGAGCAACGUGCCCUCAUGCGCGCGCAAAUACUGCGUACCACUUCCGCUAACUCCCCCGUCCCGCCAUCUGUAUACCGGUCCAUCUCGCAGCAUCUCUCGCAGGCUUUCGUCGACGGAACUUACCUGAAGGAUGGACCACCGAAAGGCGACGCGCCGUCCGCUCCCCCGAAUCCACUCACGGACCCAUCGCAAAUGGACGGAAUGAUGGCUGGUAUGAAGACGCAGAUGGUCAUGAUGGUACCCCAGAUGGUCAUCAUGGGCUGGAUCAAUUUCUUCUUCCAGGGGUUUGUACUUAUCAAGCUCCCGUUCCCUCUGACAUUGGGGUUCAAGUCUAUGCUCCAACGCGGCGUGGAGACCCCUGACAUGGAUGUUCGCUGGGUCUCCUCGCUCUCCUGGUACUUUCUUAACUUCUUCGGCUUGAAUGGCCUGUAUCGCCUCAUACUCGGAAAUGAAAACUCUGCCGACUCGUCCCGCGACAUGACCACCCCGUUUGCAGCAGCCGCUGCGGCUCCUCAAGCGCCACAAGCCCAGGAUUUCAACAAAUCGUUCAAGGCCGAACGAGAUAAUCUGGAAUUCGCUGAAGGUCUGUACGAAUGGGUUGGCAAAGACGUCGAGACACGGAUCCUGAAGAAGUACGGUCGACUGUCCUAG